AUGAACGCGAAAUCGAACGCUUAUCAAACCGAAACGUCCGAACACGCGUCGUCUGAAAUGUUUCUCCCUUCGCGACUCAACGCCUUGCGCGAACAGCUUUUGAGAGCGGACGAGAAAAACGCAGAACUCGAACGCGAGAGAAAAGCGAAAAAGGAGGAAGAAAAACUCGCGGAAGCGCACACGCGUGAACUCGAACGCGAGUUGAAAUUCAUGCGCGAACUCAACGCGAAGAUGACGAACGAUUUCAUCGAAGUCGAAGCCGGGAGAAUGCGAUUGAGAGCGGAAGUCGAUCGGUUACUGUUCAACGAACAAAGAAAAGAGAAAACUCUCCAAGUUUUGAAAGAAGAAGUGGAAAGGAAAGCGGAAACGAACGCGAGAGAGAUGCAAGAUCAAAUGGAAAAGGAGAAGGAGAAAUUGCGAGGGAUGAUGGAUGGAGAUGCGCUCGUGAAUGCUUUGAUGGGGAAGCUUUUCGCGAAGGAUGAAGAAGAAGAGUUGGAAGAAGGCGCUUCGUCGCCGACGAAAGCGGGAGAGGAGGACGAGCGAAGCGAACGUCUGCGUUUCCAUCGCGCUUCAUUCGAACACACGCAAACCGCCAAACUCGUCUCUGAUCUCGAAUCACAACUUGUUUUAGCCAAUAAACGCCUCUUCGAGUGUGAAAAAUUCCAAUUCGAAACCGAUUCGCAGCUGGUAAAGGACAAAGCCGAACUCGCAACCGCCGUCGCUCGGUUACAGUCUUUCGUCGAACGGCUCUCGACCGCGGAGAAGACGAAAGACGACGAGAUCGCGCGACUCAGACAAAAAAGAAGAGCGUUGGAGAAAGAGUUGGACGAUUUGAGUCUCGAGUUGGAAAACUUCAAAACUAAAGCAUCAUCUUCUGCAAAGUGCGAAAGAAAGUCGAUGUCGUCGUAA